AUGGUGGCGAUCACGGCGCCGAGCUCGAUCGAGCAGAUCCCGCUGGUGCAGUGUCCCAGGGCCAACGGGGGCCAGCAGGCGGGCGCGGCCAUCCCGUGCGUGGACCUGUCGGCGCCGGGCGCGGCCGCGGCGGUGGCCGACGCGUGCCGCAGCGUGGGCUUCUUCAGGGCGACCAACCACGGCGUGCCGGCGCGCGUGGUCGAGGCGCUGGAGGCCCGCGCGAUGGCGUUCUUCGCGCUGCCCACGCAGGAGAAGCUGGACAUGUCCGGCGCCGCCCGCCAAAUGGGGUACGGCAGCAAGAGCAUCGGCUCCAACGGCGACGUCGGGUGGCUAGAGUACCUCCUCCUCUCCGUCAGCGCCAACACCGUCAAGAUCUCCUCCCUGCCGCCCUCGCUCCGGAUGGCAUUGGAGGAGUACACGGCGGCGGUGAGGGAGGUGUGCGGGCGGGUGUUGGAGCUCAUAGCGGAGGGCCUGGGCGUGGACCGGUCCCUGCUGCGCGCGAUGGUGGUGGGGCGGGAAGGCAGCGAUGAGCUGGUGCGGGUGAACCACUACCCGCCCUGCCCGCUGCCGCCGCCGGUGGACUGCGGCGUGACGGGGUUCGGGGAGCACACGGACCCGCAGAUCAUCUCCGUGCUCAGGUCCAACCGCACGGCGGGCCUGCAGAUCAAGCUCCGGGACGGCAGGUGGGUCCCCGUGCCUCCCGCCCCGGACUCCUUCUUCGUCAACGUCGGAGACGCGCUGCAGGUCCUGACGAACGGGCGGUUCAAGAGCGUGAAGCACCGGGUGGUGGUGCCGGAGGGGGCGCAGUCACGGCUGUCUGUGAUCUACUUCGGCGGGCCGGCGCCGUCGCAGCGGAUCGCGCCGCUGCCGCAGGUGAUGCGGGACGGGGAGCAGAGCCUGUACCGGGAGUUCACGUGGGCCGAGUACAAGACCGCCAUGUACAAGACCCGCCUCGCCGACCACCGCCUCGGCCCCUUCGAGCUGCGCGCCACCGCCACCAACAGGCCACCGCCGCCCAGCGCCGACCCGCACUGCAACGGCAGCGGCACCUGCUGUUAG